CGAAGGGCACGACACGCGAGUCCAGUGUGCACUGCGCCGGGCCUGGAGCCUGGAGGGGACAUAAAAAUCCAAGCGCCCUGGCCCGAGGAUCCACGCCGCAGGGGCAAGAAAUUCUCGCCAAUCCACAGCGGCCGGCCAGCCACGCUCUGUCCCAGCGCGCCCAUGUGACCCACAGGCUGUCUGAGCCGCAGCUGCCCGUCUCCCUACCCUAGGCAUGCUCCUGCGCCCAGCCUACGCGCCGUGCAACGGCACAGGUUGCCUCACGCUCACGGGAGAGUGGAGUCGGACCUAGCCGUGUCGCGGCAGGGUGACCGAACCGGGCUCCGGAGCCGGGCGGAGGCGUUGAAAAAGGCGACGCGCCGAGACGUCGUUAUAUAUAGGACCAGCACGCUUUCCCCGCUCCAGCUCUCGCCAUCUUCCUCCUCGCCCCCGUGCGCCGGCCGGACUACCUCUGGGCACAGCACAGUAGCAGCAGCGGCGGUACAGAGCGGAGCGGAGGCGUAGAGCCCUAGGCGAGAGCGCGCGCGGGGGCCGGAGGGAAAAGAGGAAGAGGAGGAUGGCGGCGGUGGUGGCGGCGGUGGAGGCGGGGGUGGUGGCGGUGGCCAGCGGGAGGGGCUGCAGCAGCCGCCUGCUGCGGGGCCUCUACUGGCGCCUGCGCGCGGUGCUGCGGCGCCUGCGCUCGGAGCGGGCCAGGCGCGGCCGGAGGUUCAGCUUCCACUACGACGCGCUCAGCUACGCGCUCAACUUCGACGACGGCCGCGCCGCCGCCGACCUCGUCCUCGCCCCCAGCGACGCGCUCCGGUGAUCGACUUCGCCGGGAACCGAUGGGCCUCUUGCUCCGGGGGUUCGGGCGCGGCGGCUCUCCUGCGGUUUUGCUUCUUGCUAGAGGAUUGUGUAAUGGAAGAUGGUAGGGGGUGGUGUGGCCUCGCGCUCCGCGAUUCGUGAUGUCUUAACAGUUGGGAGAUGCUGCGCCUUGCGGUGGUUGGGAAAAGAUUCCCCAUUGCUUCCGCGACCGCAUGAUUUGCAGCGUGGUUCUUUGCCGGAUUUCUUGCUCGUGCAAUCUGAUUUUGUCUUGCGGUUCAUGCUACAAUUGUUAAGAUGAUCGUGGUAUGAGCGUUUCUUUCAGCCGAGCACCAGCACUCGCGUUAAAACUAGGCGUGGUUUGCAGUCACUGAAUAGAACUGUUUAUCAGUGGAAGGUAAGAAAACAUCUGCUUGGUGAUCUUCGCUCUGCUCCGGAGUCUAGUUAGAAUCGCAUUUGGUGAAAAGAAAAAAAAACGUUUUGGAUGAUAUAUUGAUUACUGGUAGUCUAGUUAGAACCAGAUUUAGAACCCGCACGGGUACACUUGCACUAGAUCUUUUUUUUUUCUUGGUCGAGUUUGUUUUGCGCUCAAAAAGAAGAGAACUUGUGUAUAAAGGAUCAAGCAUUUGUCAGGAACAAACAAAAGCUAAUCCCUAGUC